AUGAAUACGCCUGCAGCGACCUCUAUCGACGAUCAACGUCAAUCACCCUCUAAGGACAUCACUCAAGACGAGACUAAGCCGUCGGGUAGCCCGAGUAUUACAGGGAUCAUAGCUGCAGAAUUGAAACGUUCGCCUCUGCCUUGUGCCAGUUACCUCUCGAGACGAUGGAAGACGUAUAAUCGUAAGUUUUCCAUUUAUUUUCGCUCUCAUAGAGUCUUGUCUUGUAUUAACCUACCUCAUCCGGCCUAACGAUACUCUCCUUAACUGCUAGAUGCAAAAUCUCAAAGAAGAAAGCAAAGAUGGUUAGCUGUGUUCCCUUGUGUGAGUUCAAUGAAGCAAGCAAGUGUUUGGCAGGCCAAUUUCGUUCGUCAAUAGCCCUAUGCAGUGUUGUUUUUUGACUGCCAGCUGUCGGAAAAGACUAUAAGGGCGUAAAACGGCGUCUGAAACUUAUCUUGCAAGCUCUGUUUACUUUUAGGGUAACUUUUUUGGUUUUCGAGGCCCUUCAAGCGACUUCCGGCCAAGCGUCUGCCUUAAGGCGAUCUUAUAAGAGUCCGACUUUUAAAAGCUUGGGAUUUAUAACGAAGAAGAUGGGAAAACUAAAAGUGUCGCUUUCGCCAUCAGACAGUUAUGCUUCCGCGCCAAACAGCGAGGAUUCCGAGCCCAAUUGGUCAGAUGACUCAACACCCUACUGCCUGACCUGCAGGCUCAUUAUCCGUAGACUAUGAUCAGGAAUAUUCAGUUACUUGAGAUCACGAAGUGAAUACGGAUCUGCUCUGCAUGUAGACCGGAGGAGACUUCCCGCUUUGCCUUUCAGCUGAGGUCCCGACCUUAUGGGUUCAAGGUGUCGGUCCUCACGGCCUGGAGUUGUGAUAUAAAUAACCCUAAUCUAAUUCUGCCUCUGGGGAUGGAUUCGAGUGUGAAUCCGAAACGCCAGGCGGAUGAAACUCUUGUUCCGGUGACCAUGUCCUCUUCGUCCCUGAUCGGAGAGUGACAAUAAAUGAUCCAAGAGUGCCCACCGCAGUCCCCGCUGUUUUCUGCGUGCAAUGCUCCUCAGUUAAUUAUUCGUUGUGGUUGUUUUUGUGCUCUGCGCUCCGAGGGCCCUAGAUUAAAGGACCGAAGUGACCCAGCAACGCACUAUUCAUCCUAAAAUUAGUAGGACUGCUUUCUAAUGACUGACGGGAUGCUGAGUGAAAGGAAACGUCUCUGGUCAUAGCUUCAUAGGAAGAUGAUGAGUGUUUUCCAGCAAUCUCCUAGGAUCGAAAAGCCUUCAAGAGUACAUGAAAUCCUUAUAGAAGUUAUGAGUACACAGGAGAUCUCAGAUUUGGUACAUUACUUACAAAUAACAGCUCUCACUUAAGGGAUCAAUACAAGUUUCACACACGGGGUUUCACUGGAUCUUGACGGUGAGUACCAGGAAGCAGUUGAAAUAACUGGGGCGCGUUCGGAUUCUCAGUCUAGCCCGCCAAAAGAGUCAGACACUGAGAAUUUUUGUGGAAAAACAGGGGCUGAGUUACCCAUCAAAGUUAACAGUCCUCGCAUUCGCCCUGAUUGUUCCUAUUUGGUGUAACAGUUGCCUGAUCGUGCAUAUCCGACGAGCGAUAUGCUGUUGAGACGGAUAGAGUUAAUGUACAGUAGGUGGGCUAACUCAUGAAAUGUCAGACGAAAUUCUGAAAUGCGUUUUCGUUUCGAAAAGAUUAAUUAAGUAGGGUUGUAGAACUGGUCAGCCCGCAACAUAAUUCUAUAAUAUUUCAGUUACGUCAGGAUGCCGUCUUUCGAAUGAACUUCCUUCCGGCUGCAUACAAAAACUGCACUCUGUCAAAAAAGACUACAUACGUAGCAUGAAUUUUCCUAAUUGAUUUUCUGAGUCCCUAAAUGUCCAAUUAUAUUUCAUGGAAAAAACGCACAAACAUAUUCGUUCUUUUGCUCAUUCGGUAGAUACUUACGUCUUCUAAUUUUAGGCUCGAACGAGAAACGUUAUUCGGUUUUCAAAAGGUUUCUAAUAGUGGGACUUUUAUAUACCGUGAAAUGGCCGUUCAUAAAACGUUAUGUCUCUGCAUUUACCAAUGAGGCUUGUAAAAUUAACAAUAUGGAUCAAAUCCACUGCUUGAUUUUAUGAACACUAUAUGGUCCCCCUUUAUUACCGUAGAGAAAUAUGUGGUUUUCCGUACGCGGAAAAUAUAUGGUCUGUAGUUUAAAAACGCUGAAUGCAUGUGUGGCGGUAGAGCGGAUUUAAAAUUAUUCGGGAAUGGAAAAAGUUGUUAAAAACCGAAUUAUACCCUUCCAUCAAGUAUAAAAUUGGGCAAAGACGUAAUUUUCUACCAGAUGAGCGAGAAAAGGAAUAUUUUUAUGCAUGGUUUCCAUGAAAUAUAAUUGGACAUUUAGGAGCAUCGAAAAUCAAUGAGGGAAAUUCAUGCUCCGUAUGUAGUCAUUUUUUAAGGAGUGCAGUUUUUGUAUGCAGCCGGAAGGAAGUUCAUUCGAAAGACGGCGUCCUGGGGUAACCGAAAUAUUAUAGAAUUAUGUUGCAGGCUGACCAGUUUCACAACCCUACUUAAUUAAUCUUUUCGAAACGAAAACGCGUUUUGGAAUUUCGGUUGACAUUUCAUGAGUUAGCCCACAUACUGUACAUAUUCAUGAAGAUUCGUCACGGUACGAAGGGACUUGCUUAGAUUUUUAGUUAUUUUCUGAGUUGAGAGUGUGGGUAAAUGAUUUUGUGAGUGAAGAUAAACCUGUUGUCUGUGUAAACCCAUCAUAUCUGGACGCAGCUGUCGACCCCGACGUCUGCCUCUGGUUAUAAAAUGGAAAUGGUACGGCAGGGCGGAUGGCCCAUCCCAACUGCUAAACGAGAACACUAAACUUUAUGCAGGUUUCAGUCUUUGUAAGUAGUCGGAUGACCAAGCCCCUCGAAACGACGGGCAAAAAGAACUUUGGUCUUAACAUCGCUGCUGACUUCUCCGAAAUGCAUUCCAGAACCCUGUUUUUGUUUUCUAAAACUAUUACUGCUUGCGGACAGUUUGAAAUGUCCCUAGUAAGGACAUUUAUAUCAAAAAUGCUUAAUAGAUGCCAAUUAACCACGGUUACAAGGGUGUCGUGCUAAAACGUCAUAGUUAAUAACAGUUGGGCGAAGGUGAAAUAGCAUACAGCCAUCAUGAGCCCUGCGUAUUUUCUGCUCAGAAUUCUGUGGCAUUUUAAAAAUAACUUGUAAACAGCAGUCGCAGGGCAACGCUACAACAUGAGCAUUUUAUCGCCUUCCAUGCGAUAAACGAUUAGCUCUUAGAAAUGUUUUGGCGGAACCCUUGUACUUUUAUAAAUAUCCUUGUUGAAUCGUGGAUGUCUACGAAGUGGAGAUUUUACUUUCCAAAAACAAAUUUCCUCGGCAAAGCGCGGGAGAGACUGCAUGAGGUAGCCCAUAAAAAUGAGGCAUUCAGGCGCCGUUUGUACUGACUUUAGGCGCAUGGAUGCGUUAGAUACGAACACUUAGUUAGUUUUCACUAGGACUUGAGGCUGUGCUUUUCAAUAUAUCCGAGGAGUUCUUGCAAAUCAUCUUAAAUCAGAAAACGUUGCGAAUUUACGAAGCUUCAGUAAGGCCUUCACGGCUGUAGGAGUCUUUCCACCUCAUAAAUGGAGAGAACCGGCUGCCUCUAGGGUGCCACACUUACCGGACUUUCCAUAUCAAACUCUACUACACCUGCAGGAACCUUAUAUAUCUUCAUUAAAACACUUUACAAGGCCAUGAUAGAGUGGGCUGAUUAUAUAACUGAUAAUAUAAAGGGCUCUGCAUGCCGAAUUUUCAUUAACCUUCAAGCAUUCAAGAUGGCGUUCUUUUACUUUAAAGCAUGGGAAGCGCGGAGCACAUUUUUAGGUUAGCCUUUGAACGAAACGGAUGAAGAAUAUUAUCUGCCUGGAGAAUUUUUUAGAUAGCAAAGAACGUGGCCGUGGGUUUGUAAUUGUGUUUAGUAACACUUGCACUAAAUAGGAUAGGCGGCAAAACUCCCUAAACACGGCGUGUUAACUCCAGACGUUGGAGGAUACAGUCUGAAUUCUUGCAUAUGCACAAUAUGUUGCCUUAAAUCAAAAUGGAAGUCAUGAUGGUUCAGUCAUGCAUUGAAAGAGUUGCGCAGAGUUCACACUUGUGUACUCAGACUGCUUUUGAUAGUUCGACCGUGGUUGCCGACGAUGUCCGCCGUGUGCUCCAACAACGAGUUGAAGCAGAGACAGUGACUUUGGUGCGAAUUAGUUUAUAGUGAUAGUUGGGAAGAGUGUUCACCAGGGCGCUCCCCGCGUGGCCAAUUACUCCGCCUAGACGAAGUCGCAGCACGCUGUAAUGAAUGGGAAGAUCAUUGCACUUGUUAAUAGACUAGGGGCCAGUAAACCAUGACUCAAGCAGCGCCCUGGGAGCGCCCUGGUGAACACUUCCCAACACCCGGGUCAGCGCGUCAGAUGGUCGAGCAAUCAUCACACCAACAUCCAACGCACGUGAUGAAAUUGCAGCAAUUAACGACGCGAAUAUCGGCCAUCACGCCACGUGCAACGAUCCCUGAUGAAGGGGAGGGAGCCGUGAAUAUACAUAGGUAUGAGGUAGCAUGGCUACUGCAGCCGAAUGUGCAUGAACCACAUUUAUCUGCUUAUGUCUCUGAUGAUGGUUUCGAGCAGGAAUCCGAAACGUCAGGCUAAUAAAGCUCUUGUCCCGGCGAUCGUGUCUUUUUUUUCUUCAAGUUAGCACUUUAGCCACCUGACCCAACUGCGAUUAAACCAACGUCUGCCGGUGGGCCUCGUAACUUAGGUGGCUGGAGCAUUGGUCAUACCAAGGUCUUUCCUUUCUGUCGUGGGCAAGAAUCCCACCGAAGGUGUCCGGUUUUUAAAAUUUGGGCCAGAAUGGAUUAUUCAAAGUCUACCAAAAUAUCUAUUGAUACUGAAUCAGGCGUCCGCUACCGGUUUAUAAUUCAGUGCAGCAUACAGGGGAUUUUUUAAGGACUUAGUGCAUGAAUCUCCAUAAGAUUAAUUCUGCUUAAAGAACGCUUAUGCAAUCGUACUCUGAGGGCUUUAGAUGAAUCUGUUCUUAUCUUUAAAACACUAUAGAGGUCAAAACCAAGUACCGUUGCCAAACAAUUUGUGGAAAAGGGCAAAAGUAACUGUUGGAUCAUUUGGCGUUGCCGUCACCCGCAACCCGCGCUCCAACUUGAGGGAGGAGACCUAAACCGUCCUUCUUGAUUUCGAAAGUCUCGAUCGCAUGUCAGAAGGAACGAACCCAUGACUCAGUAGUGAACUUUCGGACUGGGUGCUUAAUAACCAAAGGACUUAUUCUUCAGGCUCCCGUUUUGGCUGGACUGGGUUUGAUUGUAAUCUACUGCUGACGCCAAAUUGGCUAGAAACGACAAUCCCAGUCUUCCUCCAAAUCGUCGCUUACACCCCUCGAUUGCUGAUUGCCCAUGAUUGCGCAACCAGCUCCAUGCGAGGCGGAUACCAGGAAACUUGCAGAAAUUUACCAGUAUUUCGGAUCGGUCAGCAGUGUUUCUGUAGGAGGAUGGGUCACAUACGCAUACACUGGCAAAAGCCUCAGUUAUUUUCACUUCCAGUGCCAAAAGUUCUACUCAAAUGACCACCCAGUGCAGUGAAAGACUUCCUCACCUCAAAACGACGUGAAACAUCGCACACCACUUGGCUUCAAUGGAGUAAACGUGUACUCUGAUCUGACGAUGAACCGCAAGCACACAGCAACGCGUGGGCGUUUAUUUACCCCCUAAAAUAGACUCAUUAAUUAAGAAAAACCCAGUGCUGAGAGCAGACUCGGCUUUUCAGCCUCUGGCAAGCUUGUGGCUGUUCGCACCUGCAGCUUUUACCAAACAGAGCUUUUCGUGAUUCCGAAAGUUUGACGCGCAUCUGCCGAAGGUCCCUUUCCCUCCCGAGAAAAAGGUUCGCCCUCUGUGUUAGAAAUAUGCUAAGUUGCCUGUAAAGAAUUGGAUUCCAGAAUUAUCUAGUUGGAGUUUCAAGCCGAGACAGCGCAAGGUUCUGAAAAUGACGCCCCGGCGUUUGAGUUCUACGCUAUGCAUAAAAACCACAUUCUCACUAUUAAGGUUGUAGCUACUUAGAGGAAAACGCCGAGGGAUAAACACAUUAUGCGUCGAAGAUCGUGAAAUACUGACGGAUAUUUUUCUACAUGACAGUUUGGUAGUCGUGAAGGACGUCCACCCUCUGGUCCACAGACUUGGCCCGGUAGCGGAGACUUGCGUGCGUAUUAGUUUAAAGUGAGUCAAACUUGCACAGAUUCGACUGCACAAACUCCCCCUCCCACCUGGUAAGAUAAAGACAAGAGGACCGGAGAUGGGCGCGGGUGCAGCAACCGACAAAAUUGUAGAACCCGUCUACGUGCACCGCAUGCACGACCUUAUCAUUACUCCCGAUGUGAGAAGCUAUAAUACGGGCAACUCGGAGUUCAGCUAGGUGAGAAUGCCACAAGGGUUACAUCGAGGGGGGGGAGGGAGAGCAUUACGAACUCGCAUUCCCGAGAAUGACCAAGCUAGCUUUCUAGUUGACAGCUUUCAAAGCCAUGAUUUUUUGGUGCAUAAUGAUGGAGUCAAGCAGAUCACGGCAAGAAAUGCACUGACGUGUCGUGGGAACGGAUUCCUCAGUGUCGGCCUUACUAUUUCUUCUCGCUCCAAUGCAUCAGUCGAUUGUCGGAGCCCAUCAGACAACUGGAUAUGGAGCGUUUUCCGAUAUACUCUCAGAGGAAAACGAAUUAGCAUGGGACACUAUCCCAAAUCGAUUGAUACAUAGCAGCAUUCCGGUAUUUUAGUGAAGAACUUUCAGGCCCCCUCUGAAAAAUGCCAUCAGGAAUAAGUUGACAAGUAUUUCUCCUACUCUGUUUUGACAUCUGCAUACAUAUAUCUACCAUUCCUAACGAGGUUGGAAAAAAUAGUCCAUACAUUCAUUUUAUCGAAAAUAACAUCUUAUCAAAGUGUUACCCAAUGGGAUGGCUUAUUUUGCUUCUAAACAGUUAGUAGGUUUGAGACUUUACGAGCCGCUGACGCGACCAUUCCUGCAAAAUGCCAUCCAGGACUUGUUGGAGCUGCUCAGCGGGGGAUACAAGGUGGAUAAAAUGUACUGUGUAUCUUUUAAACAGUGAUAGACCCCUUUGUGCGAACGUUACGAAAUAGUUGAAACUAUUUUAGACCAACAGCAAUUAACGUAGCUUUUAAACCUUACUACCAAGUAAAGAAACACGACACAUUUCAAAGUUUAUGACCCUGGACAACUUUUUAUAAGCGAAACGCAUCCUCACUUCAAGCGCAAAUUUUAAAGGAGAUAUGUUUGGAACGAUUUUCUUAAUGCUUCCUUUCCAGGUAGUUCAGUGAAUAAUGUUUCACCCUAUAUGUCCGUGUUCCCAUUACUCCUCGCCAACUCGUUUCCGGAAUCAGACCCUCUAAGAUGGCUGUCGAACAACAUCCUGUUGGUUCGUCCCAUGACGGACAUUUUUCCAGACUAUUGCUUUUUAAUUUCCUCAGAAAUCAACUGCUAAAUUGGAGUAGAUCAGUUUAUACUAAGGACUAUAUGCGCAGACCGAAUUUUGAUAGGGGAAUAUUUGGGCCGAAGUCCAUCAGCCACAGCGAGAUAACCAAAUACUAUUCAUUUACUUUCGACAGGCAACUAGUAGUAUACUCUGACGUUAGAAUGUUGGCGAAAUACGCGUGCCUGGGCUUUCAACUAACACCUGUGUUUCCAGUAUGGUAUCUUAUAACACUAAAAAGAUGUUUACAGAUUCCAACUCCAGAGCCUCCCAAUGCCUGCCGGCGACGGCAUUCUGUGACAGCUCCACAGCCUCCUGUCGUCCCCCUGUGCUACCCUGCCUUUGUUGCAAAGUCUUUUUCUACCGACAAAACAUCUCUCGCUCUGGAAAUCAAGCAACUAACGGCCUGGUCUCAAUCUGUACAGUGCCUGGUCUUGGGUGCACAACGACCUAA